AUGACAUCAACAUCAACAACGGUUGUUUUGAAUCUUCUCGUUAAUGGUGGUGCCGAAUCUGGACUGUCUAAUUGGAUACAAACUGGUAUAAUACUUGUCACAACCGAUUCAGGCAGUGAACAUACUGGUUACUAUCCCAACUCAGGAUCUAAUUGCUUUUAUGGUGGUAGUGGACUCUUGGGAAGUGAAUCCAGCCUGCUUCAAAACGUCAAUUUACUCAUUGGUGUUAAGAAUUUUAGUACUACUCAAUUAGACUCUGGAAUAUUAUCGGCCAAAGUUACAUUUUAUUAUCAGAACUACGAUCAAACUAUUGGUACUAGCGACAGAGUUCAAAUAGUUCUGAGUUUCAAAUCGGCUAGCAACAGUAUUCUAGCGAAUACAAGUACAGGAGAACUAAUUUGCCCGAAUAGGCCUGGUUGGUGCCAAGCCAGUUUUAUGUAUCCACUGCCAGUUGGCUCCAGAAGUAUUGAUUAUAUAAUGAGAUUUAUUAGAUCUAUAGGGAUAUCAAUUGAGUCUUAUAUUGAUGACAACUCACUAAGCAUCAUUUGA